UAGCUAAUUGGCGCCCAAUUGAAUGCCUAAUUGAAAAACAUUAUUGUGUUUUGAAUUUGUUGUCAAAAAAAUAUAAUUACUUUAAAUUGUAAUUAAUUUUUGUUUUGUUUCGGUAAACAAAAUGAGUGAUAGCGACCAACAACUGUUGGCCACCGAUACCGCAGCCGCCACUGCUGCCGGCGGUGAUGUAAAGGACACGGAGGAGAAAGUGGAGAUUGUCUGCGACGAUGUGGUAGAAGAGUUGGUCGACAUUGUGGCCGAAGUGGUCGACAAUGUAUUUGUGGCCAAAUAUCGCCGAUCUUUUGACAAGACGUUUAAGCUAUUGGUUGAUUCGUUGGCCGAUAAACCAGAUAAGUCGGCCAAGUUUACCGAGAUUCGCGACCGACAUCUUGAACAGUACGAACAGUAUGUAAAGUCACUGAUGGAGAAAGAGUUGUCCCGAUGGUUGGCCAACGAUACAGUGUCCCGAAGGCUGGCCUAUAUUCGCGAGCAAAAUGUUGACGACGAGUUGUCACAAUUGCAGCGAUCGGUACAGCCGUUAAAACAACAAAUGGUCAAAAAGGUUAAGACAGUACAGCAGUCGGCAAAGGAUAGGUUAGAGACCAAGACCAGAGAACUGACCGAAUUGACCGAAACGUUGGCCAAUGAGACCAAACAGUACGAGUCGUUGAGACAAUCGCUGCAAAAGAAACUGCUGAAGACAUUCAACGAAUUGGAUUCACUGGAUGUAAAAAAAUUGGACAUUAAUUGUAAUUAA